AGCCAUUGCACCCUUCUUUUUUUCUUUCAGCAUUUGAACCGAGCGUGUACAUCCUUGACAACCAACACUUCGACAUCAUAUUAUUCCAAGGAAAUCCUGUUAUACAAACCUCCGUCAACUCUGAGUACUCUACGAUCUGAAAAAGAAAUGGCCGGGCUACGUGCAUCCACCCUACUCUCACAGCGAGGCUCCAGAGCCCUCAACGCUAUCCUUUCGCCCGUCCACUCUACAACUCUCACAAGGCAAUAUGGUGGCAUCCGGCAAAUAAACUAUGGCCCAGGGCCGCAAACAGUUUUCAGCACCGAGUUUUGGAAAAACCUGGUACCCAAGCCGCUUCGCUCAGAUAGCCCCAUGAAGAUGCGCAAGACAAAGUCCAAAGACUGGAAUCCAGCUACCUUUUACAUAGUCAUUUUCCUCUUCAUUGGGUCGAUGUCUAUCCAGAUGAUAGCGAUGCGCAGGAACUUUGAAAACUUUAUGCGACAGUCGGAUGUCAGGAUUGGUCUCCUUCGGGAGGUGGUUGAGAAGCUGCAGAAAGGGGAGACUGUUGAUGUUGAAAAGGCUCUGGGCGCUGGCGAUCAACAGAAGGAGCAUGAAUGGGAAGAUGUCCUCCGAGAGAUCGAAAAUAGCACCCCGAAACCCAAGUCGAAGCGCCAGAAGAAGCAAGCAUCAACAGAAGCAGCGCCGGUGGAAGAGAACGAACAGGACUCUGAGCCAAAGCCAAGGAAGCCUGCGAGUGCCGAUUUCUUUUAGCCUCUGAAAUGUUCUAAUCUAACAGUCUAUGACAACAUAUCUUUGAACACCGCCGAACCUUGGUGAUCGGAUCCCGGCUGAACAUUUGAAGCCGCCCCAGUGGAUGUCCGGCCGAGCGCUUCCACCAGCGCAGGCAAGAUGACCUCUGUCGGCAUCUCGACUCUCACCCCUUCGGCUCCUGUCUGCUGGUGGUCUAUCUCUACAAAAAAAGCAUCCUCUCCUCUCACUCCGCCCAUGUUCACAAUGGCAAUGGGUUUACCCUUAUCCUUUGCCAACUUUGCAAGCCGCCAAGCCGAGUACGUUGCCAGAGAGGUCCCUAGUACAAGCAACUUGCCUGCCCCUGUGACGGCCUCUUCUGCAGCAGCCUUGACGCUGCCAGCGAUACUUUCACCAAACAUGACCACGGCUGGUUUCAGUAUGCCGGCAUUACUGGGCGACUCCCAAGCUCCGUCUUUGUCCACUUCGACCCUUGUUACCUCGCCAUUAAUCAACGGUGGCGGAUGCGCAAGACAGCUGGGGCAUGCGGGAUAUCGAAAAGUGGUGUAAGGAGCGUCUGGCAGGUCGACAUCACCAUCCGGGUUUGACCUUAUACCCUUGGCUCUCCGCUCUGCCGGAUCUUCAGUCCCAAGGGCCCCUGAGGCCACGGCCUGCUCUAAAAAUACUGCCCAGGCAGGGUUGAGCCGGGCCAGAUUCUCUUGGAACAGAUCUCGGGGAUACUCGUUCUUGCAAGUUGUGCACACCAAUGCUCGUAGGUAGCCGUGGAGCUCCACGAUGUUCGGCCUGCCAAGUGCAUCCGUUAGACUUUCACACGCGGCGUGGUGGAGUCCGUCCACGUUCUGGGUAACGACAGAGGAAACCACGCCCAUUUUCGCAAGGUUUGCUAUCGCUCUGUGUGCAGCGUUUGGUCUCGCCUUUUGCAGCGACGUCCAGCCCAGAAAGGACCGCGCCCAGUACCUCCGGCGAGCGGCAUGGCUGGCCAGGAAUUCGUGGUGGUAUAUCGGCCUGUAGGAUUUGUUGACGCGAUAUGUUCCCUUGUCGCCACGGUAAUCUGCAAGACCCGAAGCUACGGACACACCGGCACCCGUUAGGCAUGUGGUCGUCGACGGGCCGGUUGCGGAUGGCGUCGCGAGGAAUUCCAGGAGGGCUUCUACAGCUCCAUUGGUCGUCUUGGCAGUCACGGGAAAUAUUCGCGGUGAGGCAAACACGUCGGUGUAGGGGAUGCGCAUUAAAGGCUUGCGCAAAGCCGACCCUGCCAUUUUUGGAGAUGUUCGAACAAGAAAAUCUAUUCAAUGUAUGAUUUCAACUGUGUAACAAAAAAAAUUGAUCAUAAUUUCUUUGACCACCA